GCAUUAUCUGCGCAACAGGAGACGGGGAGGGGAACAGCGCGCUCUGUCCGCUGUCUGGACAGCGGAGCAAAACUACAAAUUAUUUCUUCAAAGAUAAACAAACAACAACUUAGCAAACAUGAGUUUAUACGGCUCAAAUUCAAAACUGGCCACCAUCGGCCAUAGAAGUGGAUCGCGACAGGAUUUGUCGAGUCCAAGUUUUAGAAACGACGUUUUCCUCGGCGGAAACGGCUUUCAGGGAGAAUCCCAAGGAGGGGAAGUCGGAUACACCUACACCACCUUCUCCAGGAGCUCCAUGCACGGCGGAGGUGGACAAAAAGUGAGCAUGGGUGCGGGCGGAGGUGGUGGAUUGAGUGUACAGCAAAUUCAGCAUAGAGCUAUGACCCUGAGACACCAGUGCCACGACUUCCUGCAGAAUGCUAAGAUUAUCCUCCAGAGUGGGGGUCCAGCCCUGGAGGCAGAAAAGCAGUUGCUCAUGGCUGCAGAAACCAUUGAGCAGAUGAAGGUCUGUGGCAGAGAUCUCCAGCAAAUGCGUGCAGGUAGUGACGUCUUUGCAAGCAUAGAACAGAUGCAGCACAUGUACGCUGCUCUCCAACAUCAGUUAGUCGGUGGUAUGACCAUAAGACGGAACAGAGGCAGCGUGGGUUCCCUUGAGGGGGGCAGGAUCUUUAAUGAUGCCAUGGCCUGGAUUGCCCAACAGAAGCGCAUGAUCGAGACCGCUCCAUGGGGAGAUGACUCCGAAACCAUUGAAAAGCAAAUCAUGACUCACAGCAGAAACCACAGCUCUCUCCAGAGGAGCCAUGAAGUAGACCGUGCCAAAGAUGAUCUGAUCAUGAGGGGCGACAAAUACAACCAGGCCAUCCUGGAUCAAGAAUGGGAAAGCCUGCAGAAAAUGUCCCACAGCCGUGUGAAUCAGCUGCGUGAGCUUCAGAGCAUCAUCAAUGAGAUCUCCCGGGCCAUCAUGUGGGUGAAUGAGAGAGAGGAGGAAGAGCUCAUGUUCGACUGGGGAGACAAAAACAUCGAGCAGUACAUCCCCAGAAAACAAGAGAGCUACUCGGGGCUGAUGAGAGACUUGGAGGAGAAGGAGAAGGAUCUCAACAAGCUGAAAGUGAAAGCAGAUGGACUCCUGAACAACAACCACCCCGCCUCAGAUAAGAUUGAAGCCUACAUGGACACCUUACAGACCCAGUGGAGCUGGCUUCUCCAGAUCACCAAGUGUAUCCAUAAUCAUUUAAAGGAGAAUGCUGCCUACUGCCAAUUUUUCAAGGAGGCCCAUGAGACCAACGUCAAGCUGAAGAAGGAGCAUGAAAUGAUCAAAAACAAGUUCACCUGUGACAAGAAUACCCCCAUUGAAAACCUCACUGAACUCCUGAAAAACCUGGAGAUAGAGAAGGAGCGAAUCAUGGAGAACAGGAGGCAGGUCCAAAGUCUGGUCAGCAAAUCCAAAUCCAUUGUCAGGCUGAAACCUCGCAACCCUGAGGAGAAGAUCAGCGGCCCUGUCAUGGUGCGGGCCUUAUGUGAUUUCAAGCAAGACCAGAAAGGGAUUUUGAAAGGGAAUGAGGGCAUCCUGAAGGAUAACUCCCAGCGCAGCAAGUGGCUUGUGACGGGACCUGGAGGUCUGGACAUGAUGAUUCCCUCUGUGUGUCUGCUGAUCCCUCCACCGAACCCGCACAGCAUCGACCUUGCCAGCAAGAAUGAGCAGUAUUAUGAAGCCAUCAUGAGCAUCUGGAAUCAGCUCUACAUCAACAUCAAGAGUCUCAUCUCUUGGCAGUACUGCCUCAAAGACAUCAAUUACAUCAACUCCCUCACUGUCAGCAUGCUGUCUAAGAUGCGCCCUGAGGAGUACCGCAGUGUCAUCAAAAGACUGGAGACUCACUACCAGGAGUUCUUGCGUACCAGCCAGGGUUCUGAGAUGUUUGGGGAAGACGAAAAGAAAAUUUUCCAGGGUGAUAUUGAUAAAGCCCAGACCCGCUAUGAUUGGCUGAUUAUCCAGCUGCCUGAAUACAAUAAAAAAGAGGAUGAAGUGGUGAAGCCUGAACCCCCAGAACAGGGAACCAAGAAACCUAAAGAGAUCCCGCCCACCCUCAGCCUCACCCUGCUGCAUAGUCUGCAAGAGUUUCGAAGCAGGCUGGACCUGGCCGAGUCCGGUCUUACCAGUCAUCUACACGUUGCUCUGGGGGACAACAGUGUGAAUGAGUGCUCAGAGCAUAUCCAGAAACUGGAGAAUCUGCACCUGGACUCCAUCCAUAAUGAGUACAUGCAACUGAGAGAGAUGAUCAGAAAGCAGCUGCAAGAGUUACCUUCAGGCUCCAAGCAAGCAAAGUUCCUCAGCUCUGAACUGGAAAUCAUCAACCAAAAAAAGGAAACCCUGCUGGGGCUUUACCCAGUCUACCUUCAGAGGCUGUCGGCUCUCAAGGCCUUGCUCCACAGCCUUCUCCAGGCUGAAGACAUCAUUAAAGUCCACGAGGCCCGGCUGACAGAGAAGGAGACUUCCUCUCUGGACCUCCGAGAGGUGGAAAACUAUCGCAGCACACUGAAGCAAAUGAAGAUCGAUCUAGAUCAAAAAAGAGACCUGCUGACUGCCAUGGAGUCUGACCUGGCUAAAGCCAUUCAAUGGAACAGUCAAAUCGCCGACUCCUUCCACAAGUGUGACGUGGACUUGUCCAAAUACUCUGACCUGGUGAGCCAGAUGUCAGACCGCUGGCGCCGCAUCCAAACCCAGAUUGACAGCAGAGUGUGGGACUUGGAGAAGCAGGAGAAACAGCUGAUUCAUUAUCAGCAGAGCAGCACAAAUCUGGAACAGUGGAUAGACAAUGCCAGGAAGCGCCAGGACAACCUGCAAUCAGUGAAGCUCAGUGACAUCCAGACUCUAAUGGACCACCUCAACCAGCAGAAGGCUCUUCACACUGAAAUCAAAGGAAAGAAAGAGAAAGUGGAGGAUGUACAGAAAAACGCAGACACCUGUGCUGCCUCCAUAAAGGACUAUGAGCUGCAGCUGGCUUCCUACAGUUCAGGCCUGGAAACUCUGCUUAAUAUUCCCAUCAAGACAACAAUAAUGCAGUCCCCCGCGUCUGUGGUCAGACAAGAGUCAGCUGAUCUCCAGUCCCGCUACAUAGAGCUACUCACCCGCUCCAGUGACUACUACAAGUUCCUGGGGGAGCUGCUGAAGAACAUGGAAGAGCUGAAGAUCAGGAACACCAAGAUUGAAAUGUUGGAAGAGGAACUAAGACGUCUGAAGGAGGAAAUUAAGGAACGUAGUCGGAAAAACAAGUCUCUGGAGGAUGACCUGGCCAGCUACAAGCUGAAGUUCACUGAAUCACAAAAUCGUCUCAUUUCUCUGGAGGAAGUGGAGAGAUGCACAGCGAUAAAAGUUAGCACUACAAAGGAGAGCCUGGACAGCACACAAACCCAGCUUCAAGAGCUAAACGACCAGCUGACCCGCAUUAAAUUCCAGCUGGAUGAAGAAAAAAGGAAGAGAAGGUUGGCAGAGGAGCGCUACACCAGCCAGCAAGAAGAGUAUGAGGGGGCUGUUCGCCGCAGACAGAAAGAACUGGAAGAACUCAGCUGGGCUAAGAUUGACUUAGAGAAAGCUGUGAAGGACAAGGAACGUGAACUGGAGAGGAUGAAGAUGCUGCUGGAAGAGGAAGCCACACGUCGACGAAACGCUGAAUCAGAUAGCUCAAAGGUAAGAACACAGUGCACCCAGGAGAUUAAUCAACUUAAGCAAACAUACGAGAAAGAGAUCCAUGUCACCAAGACCACCAUCCUGAAAGCCUCACAACAGAAAGAGGAAGACACAGCAGAACUGAGACUGCAAGUUGACAGACUCACGGCUGAGAAGAGAGAUCUGGAGGAGGAGCUGAUGAGACUGAGGCAGACGAUUGCUCACUCAGAGGAGCAGAAAAGCAGAGCAGAGCAGGAGGUCAGCCAGCAGAGGGCCUCAGUGGUGCAAGAAACAAGGAUCCGCAGUGAAUUGGAGGUUCAACUGAGAACGCUCAAGCAGCAGGGGGGAGAAGAUGAGCUCAAACUAAAGGAGGCCACCAAAAGCAAUCAGGAAAAGUCCAGGCAGAUCAGCAUGCUAACAUUUAACCUGGAGGAGGAGGGAAAGAAGAGGAGAGCUCUGGAGCUAGAAAUCAACCGGCUGAAACAGGCCGAGACAGAGCUAAAGGCAAAGAACGCCUCCUAUAUAGAGUCCAUUAACAAGUUUAAAGUGUCUCAGCAGGAGAUCCGCAUCACCCAAGUUGAGCUGGAGAAGCAGACCAGUGAGAGAAACAAAGCUGAGCAGAGUUCAGUCAGGCUGCAGACCCGAAUCCGGGAGCUUCAGUGCUCUCUGGAUGGAGUGGAAGCUGAGCUGGAGAAGCAAAAGAAGUUGACCCAGGAGGAGUUCACACGGAGAAAGAGAGUGGAGGCAGAGUUGGAGAGGAUGACACAAACUAUCAGAGAGCACACCACCACAAUUAGCACAAUGAAAUCUGUCCAGCUAGAGACUACCAACCUUGGAAGGAAGUACGAGCAGGACAUCAGCGCCCUCCAGGACACUCUGGACAAGAGUCGAAGGGAACAUCAAGUCACCAAGCAAGAGUUGGCAGCUGUCACAGCUGAGCUGAGGGCACUUAAACUGAAGCCCCAGCAGGAACAGUCUCGAGUUCAUGAGCUGAACCAGCGUAACGAGAGCCUGUAUAAGACCAUAGAGGAGAAGAGUCGCCAGUGUAACGAAUUCACUACGGAGAUUGAAAAGCUUAAGACUCUGACACAGAACCUGACGAAGGAGAGACUGAGAUUGGAGGAGGAGCUGAGGGCAGUUAGACAAGAGAGAGAUGAGCUGAAGAUGAGCAAAGAUGCUAUUGACGGAGAAAAUGCCACUCAGAUCUCAGCCUUGCAUGUCCAGCUUCAGAGUAGCACCAAGAGGACAACCGAGCUCCAGGCUCUCAUCAAUGACCUGACCAGGGAGAGAGAAAAGCUUAAAAUGGAAAUAGACAAAUUCCAAAAGCAAUCAAUUGAGACAUCCAUGAUGGUGCAAAACUCCCAAAGCCAGUACAGCGAGCUGCUGCUGGAGAGGGACAGUUUGCUAUCCAAGCUUAAACUGCUGGAGCAGGACAAGACUCGCUACUCACGCACAGAAGAGGAGCUCACACGCAUCAAGCUAACACUGGAGACUGAGCUCCGCAACAAGCAGCGGCUGCAGGAUGAAAAGAAUGCCAUCUCCAAGGAUUUCACCUAUAUGAAGACCCAGUAUGAGCUGAGAGAAAGCCAAAUUAGGCAGGUUGAAUCAGACAGGGAUAAGGCUGAACGAGACAGACUCUCCCUGAAGACUGAGAUUGAGAGGCUCAUGAGGGAGCUAAAGAGUGUCGAGGAGAGGUACAAGAGCCGUCUGUCGAUAUCUGAAAGGGAGGUAUCAGAGCUGGUUCUUAAGAGAGAUGCCCUUGAGAGGGAGAUACAGAGGCUGAAGCAGAGACCCAGCACUAUGAGCAGGCAGACCCAGACGGAUGAGAAGAUACCAACAAUUGAUCCUUCCAAGCUUGUAUUUGACGGUGUGCGCCGCAAAGUCACAGCCCACCAGCUUUGUGACUGUGGUAUAAUCAGUAAAACCACGCUAGACCAGCUCCUAAAGGGAAAAAAGAGUGUGGAUGAGGUAGCUGUGGACAUCCAGCUUAGUCUGAAGGGUACUGGCAUCAUUGCUGGCAUGACAACAACUUCGCAAGGGAAAAUGCCGUUCACCGAAGCGAAAAACAAAAACCUCCUCACCCCAGAGAGUGCCCUCAUGCUCCUGGAAGCUCAAGCUGCAACAGGCUACAUAGUGGACCCCGCAUUUAAUGAAAAGAUGCCUGUGGAUACCGCCUGCUCAAGAGGGAUUGUAGACACAGCAGAUAGAGACACCCUGGUGACAGCUGAAGCAGCCAGCACAGGCUUCAAAGAUCCAUACACUGGUAAAGUGCUGUCUGUGGGCCAGGCUUGCAAACAGGGCUGCAUAGACAAAGACACAACCAUUCGCUUGCUCCAGGCUCAGGAGUCUGUUGGAGGCAUUUUGGACCCUGUUCUGAGUGUGUUCCUUCCAAAAGAUUUGGCCUUGGAUCGCAAUCUUAUUGAUGAAGAGCUCUACAGGGCCUUGGACAAAAAACCCACCUGCUACCUGGAGCCAGCAACCGGAGAGAAGAUAACCUAUGGCGACCUUAGAAAGAAGUGUUCAGUAGAACCUGUUAAUGGUUUGCUUCUGCUCCGAGGUCCAGAAAAUGUCACGACAAAGGAGAUAAAAGUGAAGGGACUCCGUGAUCAAGUCUCUUUGACAGAGCUCAUCGACUCUGGACUUCUGGAUGAAACUGAUUUGGUGAAGAUCAGCGAGGGCAAGCUCACCAGCAGUGACAUUGAGCAAAAGCUAAAGAACUAUCUCUAUGGCUCUACCUGCAUUGCAGGGAUCUACGAUGAAGCCCAUGACCGAAUAAUGCCUUUCUAUCAGGCAAUGAAUGAAGGUCUGCUCAUGAGAGGAACCACCCUGGAGCUUCUUGAGGCCCAAGCAGCUUCUGGCUUCAUUGUUGAUCCAGUCAACAAUGUGUUCUUGACAGUAGAGGAGGCCUCAAAGAGAGUUCUGAUAGGAAAAGAGUUUAAGAGCAAGCUGUUGUCUGCAGAGAAGGCAGUAACUGGAUAUAGAGACCCACACACAGGAAAGACAAUCUCCCUCUUCCAGGCUAUUGAGAAAGAUCUUAUUGAGAAAGGUCAUGGUAUCCGUCUUCUUGAGGCCCAAAUUGCCAGCGGCGGGAUUAUUGACCCCAAAGAGAGCCACCGUAUCGAUGUUGCUGUUGCCUAUAAAAGGGGAUAUUUUGAUGAGGAGAUGAAUGAGAUCCUAACUUAUGAAGGAGAUGACACAAAAGGCUUCUUUGACCCUAACACCAAGGAGAACCUGACAUAUCUUCAACUGAAGGACAGAUGCAUCACAGAUCCCAAGACAGGCCUAAUACUCCUGCCACUCAAAGACAAGAAGAAGCCCCAGAAGGUUCAGGAGAGCCGUACCAAUGUUCUUCGCAAGAGGCGGGUUGUGAUCGUUGACCCAGACACAGGGCUGGAGAUGUCAGUGAGGGAGGCCUAUCACCGGCAGCUAAUUGACUACGACACCUUUCUGGACUUGUCAGAGCAGGAGUGCGAAUGGGAGGAAAUAACUAUCAAAGGAUCUGAUGGCUCUGCACGCUUGGUGAUAGUGGACAGGAAAACAGGAACCCAGUAUGACAUCCAGGACUGCCUGGAACGUGGAUUCAUUGACCAGAAGUCUUUGGAUCAGUACCGUGCUGGAACGCUUACCUUGACCCAGUUUGCUGAUGAAAUUACCAGCAGAACCAGCAGCACAGAGAUGGCCAUCUCAACAAUCAGUGUUGACGACAUGGUCACAUGCAGCAGUCCCACCCAGGCCACACCAUCUUCUCCUACCGUCCGUAAACGCUUCAACAGUAUUUCUAUCACUGUUUCUCCCCCUGAGAUGUUCGAUGACCAGAGCCCUGUGGCGGCUAUAUUCGACACAGAGACCUUAGAGAAAAUCACUUUGACUGAAGGGCUUCGGAGAGGCAUCGUUGACACCAUUACAGCACAGAGGCUACUGGAAGCCCAGGCAUGCACAGGUGGUAUUAUCAACCCCGCCACUGGUGAAAGACUGGCGCUGCAGGAAGCCGUCCAUCAGAGCAUCAUUGAUGAAAGCAUGAGCGCUAAGCUGAAACCUGCCCAGAAAGCAUAUGUUGGUUUUGAGGAUGUGAAGACUAAAAGAAAGAUGUCUGCAGCAGAGGCAGUUAAGGAGACUUGGCUGCCCUAUGAAGCUGGCCAGAGAUUUUUGGAGUUUCAGUACCUGACAGGAGGUCUUAUAGAGCCUGGAAGUGGACGCCGCAUCACCAUUGAAGAGGCUAUCCGCAGAGGUUGGCUUGAUGGUCAAGGGGCCCAGAAGCUUCAGGAUACACGGAACCACCAGAAAAAUCUGACCUGUCCUAAGACGAAACUCAAGAUCUCCUACAAGCAAGCCAUGGACAGCUGCAUGGUGGAAGAAAGCAAUGGUAUGAAGAUGCUGCAGGCCUCCUCAAUAUCCACCAAGGGAAUCAGCAGCCCUUACAAUGUCUCCAACCCAGGAUCUCGCUCUGGGUCCAGGGCUGGGUCCCUUGCCGGCUCUAGGAGUGGAUCUCGGAGAGGCAGUGUGGAUUAUUCCUCUAGUUACACCUACAGCUUCUCCUCCACCAGUACCACCUACAGCAACAACACUCACUCUUAAUACACAGCAUAGAAGAUAAUUUAGGCUAGAUUUUACAUACAGGCAGUUCCUACGCAAUUUGAGGUUGUUGUUUUUUUUAACAGUUUGCUUUUCUGAAUGUUUUCUGCUCCUUUUGAGAUUUUGGUAGGUUUGAAUCUGUUUCUGAUUCUGAGUUCAUUUUAAGUGUUUUGAUUGUUUGUAGAUUUUGGUGAUUUGGUGUUUCAAUAUUAAACCUAAUGCAGAGCAUAACUGCUAGUAUUCUAAAGCAUAAAUUUUGAAUGAAUAUAUGUGUCAAAGCUCAUUUUAAUAUAUGGCUUUUAAAAAAAUAACUUAACCAUUUGUUAUUUCAGAGUAUGCUUGUUUGCCUCAGCUUCAACAUGCAGUCAGAAUUAGUUUUGCUAUUUUUUAUCCUUAGUUUUUUGCAGCUUUACCUUUUGAAAAAACAUUUUGUUAAUUGCAAAUGCUGAGGUUUUAGCUUGGAAUACUGACUUUACUAUGUAACCAUCGACUAAAAAAAUUUCUUGCCACUAAAAUGAUAUUCUCACAUGAUUGAAAAUAAAGUUGUCAGAAGGA